AUGAAGAAAGGAGAUAAAACUUUAGAAGAAGAAUUAGAAGAAGAUAACCCAGAUUAGCAAGAAUUAGACUUUGACUUAUAUAACUAAGGUUCGGUUGGAUUUUCAAAAAUGUUAGAUAAUGAUUUAGAGAAAAAAGAGUCAAGCAUGCCAGGGUUAAAUAAGUUUGUUAGUAUUUAUGCUCCUAUUCCUAUUAGAAGAGAAAAAAGCUUUUAAUACUUAAUUGAUCCAACUUUGAAUAACUCUAAUAGUGUAAUAAACAACAGUGGAUUACCUCAAUAGAUAGCAAAUGAUAAUUUUUCUUUCGAAUAUGGAACAUCUUUGGAAGUAAAAGAUGAUGAUUUAAAAGGGCAAGAUCAAAUGCCUGAAAUUAAUAGAAAUCAAAGCAAUAAUUAUUUUUACAAUAACUAUUCUGGAUAUGGUUAUGAUAAUGCUUGGGUAGAUAUUGAUGACAACAAUUUGAAUCAAGAAGAAAAUGAUAUUAAAAGCAGUAAUCUGAUUAGAAGUAAAAGCAAUUUAAAUAGAGACGAAUUCAGUUUGAAUUAAAAAUAAUAAUCGAACUAUGGAGGCUCUUUGAUUUAGCAAAAGGAUAACAAUAACUAAAUUGAUGAUGACGAUUAAAGUGAUAUUCAAGAAAUAAAACCUGAAAUAUUUAUUCAAAUAGAAUCAAGCAAAAAUUUGAAGGAUAAAAACAAUAAGAAAUAGGUAAUUCAAAUAAGUGAUGAAGAUGAACAGCAAAAAGAAGAGGAAUUAGAGAUAUUUAGUGAUGACAGGGAAGAACAAAAGAAAAGUACCUAAUCUCUUUAAUCUUUAAAAAUGUACGAUUUACAAACUAUGGAAGAAGAGAAAAGAAAAAAAAUAGUUACAAACAGGAGAAAUAAUGGAAAUAUUUCAAGGGAGUUAAUAGAUUUGGAAGAAGAUUAAGAAAAAUAAGAUAAUUAUAAACUAACAUAAGCUGAAGAAUACGGAAUAGUUAGUAAUAUGAAUGAAUGGAUGAAUCUCAGCAGAAAUAAUAUGAAACUUCGUAUAUUAAACAGAAAGUAUUAGGCUGAGCUUAAUAGAGAAAGGAGUGUCCACUUCAAGAAAGCAAAGAAUAAUUAAGAUAUAUUUGAUAAGAUGAAGAAGAAAAUGAAAAAGCUGAUUACUUCUAAUUAAUAGCUUGUUGAUAGCAAUAAUGAAAUGGAAAAACGUUAUAAGGAGACAGCUUAGUAAUUUUAGAGAGUUACAACAGAAUUAGCUGAAAAAUAAUUGAAUAUUUAAGAUCUAAAUAGAAAACUCAUUUAGCAUGAAACCUCUCUCGUUGAAUAUUAAUCUUCUCUUUAGAAUAAAGAUAAUGAGAUUCUAAAUUUGAAAAAUACAAUUUAAAUUUAUUAAUAAGCCAAUUAGAAUAUUUACCUUAAAAGAACUUAGCUCGAUACAGCUGAACUUGAGACUAAUUUAUCAAUCCAGAGAGCUUUUGAUACCAGUGAAAUAAAGAAAAAAAUAGAUUAAUUAAAUUAAGAAUUAGGAGAAAAACAAUCAGAGUUAUCAUCAAGUAAUGAUAUGUUUUAAAUUUUUUGCUUUUUACAUAAAAAGCUCUUAAGUAUGAAGGAAGAAAACUUAAAUAAAAGCGAAUAAAUUAGUUAGCUAUAAUAAUUUUAGCAAGAAAAGACAUAAUUUGAAUUGAGAGCAAGAUUAGCAGAAGAUGAGCUCGGAGUUAUAAAAAAAAAUAAUUAUGAUCUUUCACAGCUGCUAAGUGAAAAAGAAAAUAAAAUUUAAACACUUCUAUUACAAGUAAGUGAGAUUGAGAGAUUAUAAGAAAGAAAUUUAUAGUUGAUUGAAGAAAAGGAUUUAUUGCAAUAGUAAAAGACUGACAAAGAAAGAUUGCUUAUGGAACAGGAAGUUAUUCAUCAAAUUAAGAUAGAUAAUUUGAUGGAUGCAAUUAAAAAUUAAGAGUAGAAAAUUAAUGUAAAAAAAUAACUAAAUGAAUUGAUGGAUAUUUCAUAGAUUGCAUCAUCAUCAUUUGUCCCUGAGCAUAUCUUAGCUAAUUAGAAUGUAUUUGAUAAUAAUUCUAACGAAUUAACAAAAGUUAAAAUUGAUAGAAAAAGUUUAGAUUUAAAUGACGAAUGUGUAUUAUUAAAGAACACUCUUUUAAAGCUUUUCAACUGGGAAAUUUAGUAUGAUAAUGGCUUACCUUUUAAAUUCAAUUUGGUGAAUAAGAGUAAUCCCAAUAAAAAAUAACUUUCUAUUAAUUUAGCUGUAAAUGAAGAAGGUGAAAUUGAAAUUUAAAAUAAAAAAUAUUUACUGAAAAAUGUGAGAAAAUUGUGGAAAAUGCUUGAUUAAGAUUUGCACAUGAGUUCGUUAAGAAGCUGUGUAGAAAACUUUUGGUUAAUAACUUCAUUACAGCUUAAAGAGUAUUUAACAUAAGAAGAAUAAGAAUUCAACAAGUAAAUGGAAAUAUAAUCCUAAAAUGAUAUUGCUCAAAGGGAUUAUAUGCAAGAAGAUAUUGAACAAGAUGAAUAGUUUUCGUGUUCAUCAUCUGAAUCUUCUUAUUCUGAAAACCUAGAACAAGAAGACACCAUUCAAGACAUUUAAAAUAAAAGUGGAUAAGUAAUGGAUCUGAGUUAUAAUUAAAUGACUGCAAAUAAAUUAUAAGAAGAAGAUGAGGAAGAUAUAUAGGAAAAUCUAGAAGAAUAAGAAAAUAUUUAGGAAGAAGGCGAAAAUAAUAAAGAGUUUGAGGAUGGUGAGGCAAUAAAUGAUGAAGACUGUAAUAAUUUUAAUAUCAUCACCAACAAGAACAAUAUAAACAAAUAUAAUUUAAUGUAAAGCUAAAACAAUUAAUAGUAUGAAGAUGUCUAAUAACUUAAAUGA